UCACUGCACUCUCGCUCCUCAUACGCAGCAAGACAGACGGACGGAAAAGUUGCUCCUCAGCAAGCAAAGUUACGAAAAAACACAAUUUUACUCAGCCCCCCGAAACCACCCCCACUUUUUGUGAAAGGAUUCUUUGUCAAGAUAACCCUACAAGAUGACCACUACGCCAAAGUCGAUCGGGGACGAUAGCCUGGCUGAGUCGUGGGUCGACGUGACCGUGAACUCGGGCCGCGUCACGCCCGUGGCUGCCCUGCCGACCGUGGGAUUGAUAAAUGGAAGCCCGAUGAACAACGGGAACGGGUCGCAAGGACAAUUCUCGGCACAGUUGACGGAGGAAUAUCUGCGAUUGUUGAAGGAGGCGCAGCGUGAAAGCAACUAUUCCUCGUCGAGGGUCUCGCUCGCCUCGUCGCGACGGGAAAGUCGGUGUGAAUCACCAAAGUCACCACCAAACAGCCCGAAUAACGAGUUAGCCACGGGAGAUGAAGAACUGAAAGGGAUCUUUAUUAAUAAGGACGCCUCAGAGAAGGAAUGGCUCAUGUCUUUCUGGACUGCAUCAAAGGGGAAGGCCAAGUUGAGCCUUCGUCACACCAAGUGCGGGGGGAAAGGGUUAUUCUCACGGGACGUCAUGUUUACCCUUUUCCUCUCAAAUUUACUCUCACUAUUGCUCGGAGCUGGGAUAGGAUUAUGGUUUAGUAAGCGGCCAACAUCCGUGAUCUCGCAGCUAUCUCUCAACUAGCAAUGCACACACACACACAUCCCCCCGACUGGAAACUGGAACUGGAACUGUAUCUCGACAAAGAAAACUGGGAGCAAAACACACGAGUAUGAAUGCAGCGUUAUUUUUAUAUCUGCAAAAAAAACAAGAACGUUACGUCAUAAUUUUAUUUUGACUGACUGACAUUUUCAGAAUUUUUCAAUUAGCCACUUUAGAAACUUUAGAAGAAGAUUACACUUUUUCAAAAUUCGUCUUUUUAACGUUCCCAAUUUUAACAAUGUUCUACCAUUUGUAUUUUUUUAGGUGAUUUCAUACCAAUUAUUCCAUUCUAGUUAGAAUUUUGUUUAGUCUUUGAAUACAAUUUUAUCCCCGUGUGUGCCGAAAUCGUAAAUGAAAGUUAAUUAGUCCUUGAUUUUUUGAGAUUUAUCAGGGUUUUAGACAAGAAAAUUGUUAAACUAACAUUUUUAUAGCAUAGUUUCAACGUAAUAUCAAUAUGUAAAUAAUCCAAAAAUCUCGUACCUUUUGAUAACAUGAUGAAAAUUACCAGACUGAACACAAAAUUUGGCUGACCGGACCGAUAAAACCCCAAAAAUACCCGUUACCUUAAACAAAAAACCCGUGCUUUUUAGUCUUUUACAUACAUAGUAAUCAACCCACAGUGGGGGGCGGAAGUUGGGGGGGGGGAGGAGAUUAACAUUGCGAGAUAGGAGGAGUAUUAACAUGGGAAAGAUAGGAUUCCCCCCCCCACUUCCGUCCCCACUGGACUAAUCAAUGUCCAAAAAGUUACCGUAAAUACUGUAAUUUGCGCCCAAUCCACGACCUGAACGAUUAUUAAUAGUUUUAGUAUCCGACUCGCAUAACGUAACGUAAUUAAUUAAUUAAUUAAUUAAAUUUAAUAUCUAGUUUCCUAGUUUGUUUUUCCAUGUCAGGUGCCGUGCAAUGUGAACCGAGUGUUACAUAUAAAUAAGAGAUUGAGAGUAUUAUUUCUGUGUUAUGCUAAUUUUUACGUAAGAAAUAAAUAUGCAUAUCGAUCGACAUACAUACAUAUGUAAAUGUAAUUGCUUUACAUAAAUAUAUAUGUUGCGCGCACUGUUAUUGCUUUAAUUAUUUAUUAAUUAAUUUGUAAUUAUAAUUACAUGCAGAACACGGAAUACUUAUAAAUGUGACGCUGACGACGACGCAGUUCCGACAAUAUUAUAAUUGUUAUCAAUUAAUGAUAACUUCUUAUCAUUAUUAAACCGUUGUAGGAAUUUUUUGGGUACUAAAAAAACAUACAUACGUAUAAAAAUAAUACUGAUUUUGUAACUUGUCUUUUUUGGUUUUGUGAUGAUGUUAUUGACUUUGCUAUUUAAUAAAAUGUGAACGAAUGAAUUUCAAAAAA